AUGGGCAUCCAUCAUGUAAGCGUUGUGUUCUAGAUUACCUUCCUCGGGCGCGUAGGACACAUUCUCUAACUAGCACUUUCUACAUCAUAGAUUGACACUGGCCGGUAUCUGCUAGAUGUCAAGUCGGGUCUUAAAAACCCCAAGAAGCAAGUCAAAAGGGUCGUUGCAAUGGGCCAGCGAGCUGUCUACGACGGCCUGGCUGCGUUUGGCGAUACCGAUAAUGCAUAUGGCCUGGUUGAAUUCUCCAACGGCAAGAUCUGGACCACGCAUCUCGCCAGAACGACAACAAACGGUUUCGAGGAUUUAACCCGCGUCUGCGGCACCAAGGCACCUCCAUCGUCAGCGGCGUGA